AUGGGAAAUGCGUUGGAUUGCAUCUCUCCUGAUGAAAAGGCGAGCUCAAAGAAAGCUUCAAGUUCAUGGUAUCCUACCUCACGCCAUCUAACUUUACCCUCCUCCUCUUCCUCCUCUGCCUCCUUCACUCCUUUCUUCAAUGGGAGGCCGAGCUUGUUUUCCUCUUCAAGGAAGAAGAAGAACAAGAGGGGAUUAUCAGGGAGCCUUGAUGGCCUUGAUGGCUUUGAUGACCAUGAGUCUUCUUCUGUUAUCCAAGAACAAGCUAUUGCCGCUGCUUUGCUUUUCCGUCAUCAUCAGAGAAACGGUUCUCUUCCUAAUUUUAUCCGAUCAAACUCAGUCGUUUGUCCGUCGCCGGGUUCGAAGAAACAAGGUGGUUUUCCAAGGAGUUCAAGCACUAGGCAACGUUCACUAUCCGAUCCAAUGAUAAGGCCUCAACAACUUGUUAAUAGCCAGCAGGAAGUGAAGAUCGAUGGCCUUGAAACCAACCAUUUUGUGCUUGUCCAUGGAGGUGGUUUUGGUGCGUGGUGUUGGUAUAAAACAAUGACACUUUUGGAAGAAGCUGGAUUUAAAGUUGAUGCUGUUGACUUAACUGGUUCUGGAGUUAAUUCUUUUGAAACCAACAGCAUUACUUCUCUGGCACAAUAUGUAAAGCCACUCACUGAUAUCUUUGAUAAGCUAAAAGAUGGAGAGAAGGUCAUUUUGGUGGGACAUGAUUUUGGUGGUGCUUGUAUCUCCUUUGUGAUGGAGUUAUAUCCACCUAAAAUUUCAAAAGCUGUUUUUGUUGCUGCAGCAAUGUUGACUAGUGGCCAGAGUACCCUGGAUAUGUUCUCACAGCAGAUGGGUUCAAAUGAUCAAAUGCGACAGGCUCAGAUAUUUUUGUACGCUAAUGGUAAUAAUAACCCUCCAACUGCUGUUGAUCUUGACAAAACAUUGUUGAGAGACUUGUUCUUCAAUCAAAGUUCAGCUAAGGAUGUUGCCCUGGCGUCAGUAUUAAUGAGACCAAUCCCAUUCGUGCCGGUUUUAGAGAAGCUUUCUCUUUCUGAUAUGAACUAUGGAUCCAUCCGACGCUUCUAUAUAAAAACUCAGGAAGAUUGUGCCAUUACAAUCCCUUUACAGGAAGCCAUGAUAAAAUCCAAUCCACCAGAACAAGUUUUCCAGCUUAAGGGUUCUGAUCAUGCCCCUUUUUUCUCAAGGCCUCAAGGGUUGCACAAGUUACUUACAGAAAUAGCACAGAUUCCACCAAAGCAAACCUGUAGCAGUACACCUGAACUGAGGCAUCUUUUGGAAAAUGGCACAUCCUGAACUGCAUCUGCUGCAUUUUGUGAUGUUGGUAGCAAAAAUGUGCAUGUGAGAUUAAAAUUAACCAACCAUUAAAUUAUUCAUAAUCAUGGGCAUGCAUAUGCUGUUGUAUUCCUAUUUUGUAAUAUACAAAUUCUGUCAUCCAGGAUGUUUACUUGUACCUCUGUAUUG